UCUGACUGUUUUGUGGGCACUUUUGCUGGGCUUCAGCAGCAUCAGGAAUCAGCUGCAGCUCCUCUUGCCAGGCUCCUGGAGGCGCAGGAUGACUCUCUUCGACGGCGUCUACCCCUUCUACCCGCAGCAGAGGAAGGCUGCUGUGUUUGACAUCAGCUCCAUCAUAGUCAUCGUGGUGUUCCUGACGCUGGCCUGCAGCUUCCUGCUCAUCACGCCGGGCAUCCGCGGCCGGGCGAGGCUCUACUGGACUCUCCGUGUUCUCCUCAGCCUCUUCGUGGGAGUGGUGAUUGUGGUUGUCCAGUUCACCGGGGACUGGGAGAGUGGCUGGGUGCAGGCAAACACCUCCUACAAGUCCUUCAGCCCGGUCCAGGUGAGCGCGGACAUCGGGCUGCACAUCGGCCUGGCCGGGGUGAACGUCACGCUCAGGGGAAACCCGCUGCAGCAGGUCAACGAGACCAUCAACUACAACGAGCACUUUCCCUGGAGCUUUGGAGAGGAUUACGACCGCAGCUACAGCCAGGGGCUGCACAAGGGGCUGCCCAGCCCCAUCCUGUACGUGGCAGAGAAGUUCAGCUGGCAGAGCCCCUGCGCCGUGCACAGGCAGUACCGCAUCGCCGGCCACUACGCCUCAGCCCUGCUCUGGGUUGCCUUUUGCACGUGGGUCAUCUCCAACAUCCUCCUCUCCAUGCCUGUCCUGGUUUAUGGAGGAUACAUGGUCCUGGCCACAGGGGCCUUCAUGAUCUUCUCUCUGCUCUCCUUCUCCACCGUGAGGAACUCCCCGAUGUGCCUGAUCCAGAUUGGCACCAGGACCCUGCACGUAGCCUAUGGGGGAUCCUUCUGGCUGAUGCUAGCAAUUGGCCUGCUCUGUUUGGUGGUGGGGAUCACCAUCGUGGCAAUGCACCACCUCAAUUUGGACCUGCUGAAAACUUUCUUUGAUCUCCGUGAGGACAAGGCAGAGGAGUACCAGGAAAUGCCUGAGCUGUUCAUCAACCCUCACUUCGUGAGCAAGGGCCUUUCUCCUCCUGAGCCCACUGAAAUCCACAGCAUCUAG